AUGGCUGAUGCUACUAGACCUUCGGCGGGCUUCCUGGGCUCGCUCUCCCCAUGGACUAGAGCGAGCACACCGCCGCCCAAGUCGCCACAAGUCAGGCCAUUGAACCAACCCGAGGGCCUGAGGCAGUCGACAGGUGUCGAUCACGCAAUAAGCAUCCGACCCUCUCCCAAUCUGCAUCGGUAUCCGAGAGACUGCCCUCCUCUGAGAGCGCGUUGGUACUAUGCUGUUGAUGUUGCCAAGCGGAAACCCCUAAGUACCGAAAAUACAUCUACCGAAAACAAGAAGCCCCCCCCAGCACCCAAAAAAUACAUUGCCUUCUCCACCACCGACUCACAAGCAUUAGAGAAAGCCUACCAGUCUCUAGAUGAGGGAGAAGCUAGUCACGAUGACGCAAGCCCCACCACUAGUACUCGGGUUCCGGUCAACGAGGAUUAUCUGUUCGAUGUCCACAUCGAGAAACGUGAGCUCGAGCCAGCUUACUGGCUAGGACCAGUUUACGAUGUCAGACGUGGAAGCUGGUUCUUCCAGGACACCUCGACCACCUUGAGGCCAUGCGAUGAGAAUCUGGCUAAUCAAUUGGAAGAAGGCUACCUGAAGGUCACCCCGUGGCGCAAUCCAGCUUCAUCUCGAUCUCAAUCUCAACCGCGAAGCAGACCAAAUUCGCAGCUUACAGAACCCGGCUCGGCCCAGAAGCCAGACGGCACAGCAACACCCUCAGAGAGCCAUUUUGCCGAGCAGCCAUCAAACAACAGCUAUCGCCUAUUUGGAUCUUGGAUGAACACUAUGGUGACCUAUCAAGACGGUAACGUUGCAUAUCUGACGCAAGACGAUUUCAUGUCCCGCAUGAGUGUCACCAUGUGGGAGCGCUUCGGAACCUAUGGUGGCGUCAAAGUUGUUCGUGGUUGGUCGGAAGGGACCAAGGCGGUCGACACAAAACCUGGUGACAAGACCAGUGCUCAAGACAAGCGUCGGUCAAGAAAUAUGACCUCGGAAGCCGAUGAAAAGAAAGACGAGACCGAAGUUCCGCCGGAGAAAGAAAAGAAGCGGACCGCACUCGAGAGACAGCUCUCCUCACUUGCCGGUCUCGGCGGUGAAGAGAGUGAAGCGGAUGCGAAGGACGCCCAAGAAGAGCAGCAACGUGAAAUGGAGGAUGCUCGAGAAAAAGACGGUGAAGACCAAGAACGUCAGAUCGACCAUCUCGUGCUUGUCACCCAUGGCGUCGGCCAGCGUUUAGGAUUGAGACUUGACAGUGUCAAUUUCAUUCACGAUGUCAAUACUCUACGAAAGACGAUGAAGGCUGUGUAUGGCUCCGCGCCUGACUUGCAGGCUGUCAGUGGAGAUCCAAAGAAUUGUCGUGUUCAGGUCCUUCCCAUUUGUUGGAGACAUCUCCUCGACUUCCCGAAGCAGAGCCUAAAGCAGAACCGUAAGGAAUUCGACAUAGGGGAUGCAGAAGCCCAUCUCGAUGAUGAGUAUCCGUCUCUCCAGGAUAUCACCGUCGAUGGAGUCCCAGCGGUACGGAAUCUCAUCACCGAUCUUGCCAUGGAUGUUCUGCUGUACCAGAGUGCUUAUCGGGAACACAUUGCUACUAUUGUUCAAAAGGAGUGUAACAGAGUCUAUAAACUCUUCAAGGAGCGAACGGGUUUCAAAGGUAAAGUGAGCCUCUGUGGGCACUCUCUCGGAAGUGCAAUCUGCUUCGAUCUCCUCUGCAGGCAAGACGAAGGACCUCGCACACGACCUAGAAGAGUUUCCAGCAAGACCAUAAAGGAGGCCGGCUUAGAAAAGUCAGACUUGAAGUUGAAUUUCCCGGUCGAUAACUUCUUCGCACUUGGAUCGCCGAUUGCCCUCUUCCAGAUGUUGAAAGGACGCACCAUCUCCGGUCGGAGCACAAUUGCAGCUCAGGAUCUUGCAUUCUCGCCCUUCGAUCCCGAUCCUCUGGGAGCCGACCCGUUUGAGAAAUCUUCAACAACUGCUGCAGCACAAACUCGCUCAAAAGACCUCAUACCUAUCACUACCUCAUCACCUAAAUGUGUCGACUUUUUCAACAUCUUCCACCCUACAGACCCUAUCGCUUACCGUAUUGAGCCGCUGAUCUCCCCCGCGAUGGCCUCUCUCAAGCCUCAACCACUACCGUACGUCAAGAAAGGUCUGUUUGGUGCGCCUGGAAUCGCCAAUAUAAGCCAGCGAGUGGGCCAGUCUGUCAUGUCUAGCUGGUAUGGCUUAACAUCUGGCGUCGCUUCUAGCCUUAUCAAUCGGAGCUUAGGCAUCACUGGCGAGGAACAAGCGUUGCCUCAGGAUAAAGCCAGACCCCUGCAGCAGCCUACUACGCUGCCCAACGGCCAGCAGGUUGUUACUGAUGCCGCCGCAACUAGUGGCAAGAAGCAAGAGGCUGUGGCCGAAGCUGCCAAGAAAUCUGGCACUGAUGAAGUGCCCACGUUGAUAGACGGCGAGAUUGAGACACUGUACGCGGGUUUUCAAAAGCGCCGUCGAUCCGGAGGCAGUGCUGCAUCCGAUGAGCCGUCAGGCCUUGCCCUCGAGCUCGAGCAAGAUCGCGGACGAAAGCUCAGGCGCGAGGAAGCAAAAGUCAAAGCCCUCAACAGCAACGGUCGAGUCGAUUAUCAUAUUCAGGAAGGCAUGUUUGACAUGUCUCUCCUCGCUAGUAUCGCGAGUCAUCUCAGCUACUGGGCGGACGAAGACUGCACUCACUUUAUGCUUGGGCAGAUUCUAAAGAAAGGCAGAUCGAAUCGCGCUGAAGGGGACAAGGUGAAACAAAGGGUGGCGGAUCUUGGUGAGAUUGAUAUCACGGCUCUUUAG